AUGGCCAAAAGCCUAAUCCAAUUGUCAAACGCUCAUUCCCCCGUUGAAGUUAUUGAGCAUCCCAUUCCAUCCAUCACCGGUGAUGAUCAGGUUCUUGUCCAGAUGGCAGCAUCUCCAGUCAAUCGAGUCGACCUCAUGACGCUGACGAAUCUCUAUCCCGUAAAACCACAGUACCAUGUUGAUGACAAACCCAUUCCUGGGUUUGACGGGUGCGGAAUCGUGCUUGACUCCUCUUCGCCUGCCUUUAAGAAGGAUGACCUUGUUCUUCCUCGCAUUCUAGGGCUGGGGACCUGGCGCACACACGCUGUCUGGCCAGCAUCAUCACUUUUAAAGCUGCCACGUCAAACGCCCCCCUUGUCUGGAGCAUUGCUGCGGUCCGGGGCGUUAGUGGCCUGGCUUCUCUGCGAAGAAAUUACCCCGCUGACGGCCGGAGACUGGGUCAUCCUGUCGGCGGGCACGAGUUCAGUCGCCCAGUUCUUUAUCCAGUUUGCCCGGUUAAAAAGAGUCAAUACCAUCCUCGUGGUCCGCGACAGGGCCAAUAUCGAAGAGACACGAGGGAAGCUGCUGUCCCUGGGAGCAUCCUUGGUUCUCGCCGAGUCAGAAUUGGCCCAAGCGACCGAGGAGACCCUCCCAGGGAAAGUAAAGCUGGCUCUGGAUUCUGUGUUUGGUCAAGUCGGAGAGGACCUGGCUAGAGUGCUGUCUCCGGGAGGAAAGUUCGUGUUGGUUGGAAUGCUAGCAGGGCCCAAGGCGAAUAUCUCCGUGACCACCGGCCACCUUUUCUACAAACAACUUUCCUUUCUCCCAUUCCGUAGCUCGGAGAUUCUCAAAAGUAUGGGCGAUGAGCGGGCUACUGCACUCAUUCAACACGUUGCGACCCUCCUGGCUGGUGGCAGUGUGCAGUUGCCAGAACUUCAUUGUGUCUCCUGGAAUUCAAUCAGUGAUGAAGAGUCGAAGAAGGCCCUGGAAGCAGCACAGAGUAAAGAGGUUGGAUAUAAGAAGACAGUCUGGCUAUUUUAG